AUGGGACAGGGCCGUGGUGAUAACCCCUCUAAAGAGAGGCUAAAAUGGACUCAAGAACUUCACAGUCUAUUCGAGAAGGCUGUUACUCAGCUUGGCGGGCCGGAUAGAGCAACACCAAAAGGUAUCCUCAGGGCUAUGGGAAUUCCUGGACUUACCAUCUUCCAUGUCAAAAGCCAUUUGCAGAAGUACAGGAUGUCCAAGUUCAUCCCAGAAUCACCCAACAGAGGGAGCAGGUUUGAACGGAGGAGCAUAUCCGAAAUAUUGCCCAACUUCAGUGCUACAUCAGGAGCUCAGCUUCACGAAGCCCUUCAAAUGCAAAAGGAAGUGCAAAAACGUCUGAGUGAUCAACACGAGGUCCAAAGGAGUUUGAAGAUGAAAAUUGAAGCUCAGGGUAGAUUUCUGGACAAAAUCGCAGAGGAAUACAGAAACAGGACCAACUCAACAACUGCAAAGCAAAACAAGCUUCCUUAUUCUCCCACCACAUCAACAUCGCUACCUUCGCUCUUGUGCGAGGAAUCCGACUCUGAGGCGGCACCAACAACAGCAAGAUUCCGAGCACCAAAGAGGAUCAGGAUUGAAGAAGAACGAAUAAACGAUGACGGCGUUGUUCUAAUACAACACCAGGAUUACAGCUCUGAUCAAUCAUACAACAUCAUCAACAACCACCAUCAUCAAAGUAUGUUGCUGCUGAAAGGGUUGAACAGCCCAUCUUGGGCUCAUCAUCAUGAGAUUAUUAAUAUGGGAUAUCCUUGGCUUACUAGUACUAGUGUUAAUGCUGCGCUUCCGGCAUUUUACGAUCCCCUGAAUUAG